AUGCUGAUGAGAAAAAAAGUAGGUGACUGCGCGAUAGCUGUGAGAUACAAUUACAACAAUGUAGUGGGGGAAUUCGGCUCAACGUCGCCUAAAUGCGCCUUUGUACGACUGCGGGAUCGCAGAGAACGUAAUCUCUGGAUCGUAAGUGCUCACGCACAUACAGAAACCGCUGAGGACAACAUUAAGGACGCUGAGGACAACACUUUCUAUGAUGAACUCAAUGCGUUGAUAUCUAAAAUACCAAGCCAGCAGGUGGUCAUUGUCGGAAUCGACGCAAAUGCGAAGAUGGGACUCGAACAGCAAUCCGAUGUGCUAAAAAAAUGGUAUUAUCCAACGUCGGACGUCGGCGCACGUCGGACAACCGCGACCGCCUGGUCGACGGGCUUCAUAAUGCUUCCACGUUUAAGAGGAAUCAUCGACGCCAUCAGCUCACGUGGCUGGGGUCAACCCUUUUAA